CGACCCAGAACCCGGCAGCUGGCCCAAGCGCUUGCUCCGCCAGGCCGGGUGGGGGCAGAGCCGGCUUCUGGCGGUGAGGAUUCCAGCUGCGGGAGGUGGAACCCGGGGUGGGAAGCCGGUGUUACGGCCAUGACAGUAUUGGCCCGUGGUUCCUCGCUCCUCCGUGGUCUCCUGGGCCGAGGGCCGGCGCUGGGCGAGAGCGCUGCACCCCGCGUGGUGUCCCCGGGAACGGCCCGGCGCGGGUCCGCUGGCUUUCGGAGCAGCGGCGUGAGAUAUGAAGCUGUUGUCAUCUCAGGAACUGAAAUUGCCAAACAAAUCCAGAAAGAAAUACAUCAAGGUGUGGAAUCAUGGAUUGCCCUUGGGCACAGAAGACCUCACCUCAGUAUCAUUUUAGUGGGAGACAACCCAGCAAGCCAUACAUAUGUCAGGAAUAAGAUAAAAGCUGCCUCAGCAGUAGGUAUCUGUAGUGAGCUCAUUCUAAAACCUAAGGAUGUUUCUCAGGAAGAACUUUUGGAUAUAACUGAUCAAUUGAACAUGGACCCAAGAGUCAGUGGUAUAUUAGUUCAGUUACCGCUUCCAGAUCAUGUGGAUGAGCGAACAAUAUGCAAUGGAAUUUCCCCAGAAAAAGAUGUGGAUGGAUUUCAUAUUAUCAAUAUUGGAAGACUGUGCCUUGAUCAGCAUUCUCUCAUACCUGCCACUGCUGGUGCUGUUUGGGAAAUAAUUAAAAGAACAGGAAUUGAAACAUUUGGGAAAAAUGUGGUUGUGGCUGGAAGAUCCAAGAAUGUAGGCAUGCCUAUUGCCAUGCUUUUGCACACUGAUGGAGAGCAUGAACGGCCAGGAGGUAGGUAGGACCUUGCAGAUUCCAUGUAUUCUUAGAUUUUCUUUCAUCUUCCAUCAUCAAGUAAAAAUUUAACAAUUUGACUUCACAUACUUGUGGACAUAUGCAAUUAAAGGUUUCCUUUAUUCCUUAUCUAAUGGUAUGAAAGCCUUGAAAGUGAUUAAAGAAUUGCUGAAAAUAUGUGGCCCUGUUUUUCUUUUUUUUUUCUCUCUUUUCUUUUGGCUGUAUACUUUCUUUAAGUCAUUAUAGUCAUCAAGAAAGGCUGAAAAGUCACAAGAUACUUAAAAAUCACAUGCCUCAGAAAAUUAUCAGAACCUUGGAAAGUUGGAUGUAGAUUUCCUAAAAUGGCAAGGUCUUAGUACUUUACAAAUAAUCUAGUUACCUCACUUUAUAGACAAGGAAGCUGAAGCUUGGGGUUAACUGAUUAUCUAGAACAGACAAAUAGCCAUUAAAUUGUGAGUAGUGACACCCCAAGUCUCUAAGAAAGCCCAGGCAAAAUGUGAUGGUGUUUGAGAGCAUGGGGCUACAUUCUUUAGGUGCCUGUCAUCACACCAUCAUCCCAGGACCUUGUUUAUUUAAAUAUCCUGAUAGCUGUGAUAGCUGGAUGCUGAGAAGCUCCACAGGAAUGAGGAUGGGGACAGGGUGAGAAAGAAGUUUAGCAAAAGGGUAAUAGGGCAUUGUUCAUGGUUGCCUGAGUCAGUGUUGUGGACAGAAAACAAAAGGUUACUCAUCCCAUUGCUUUCUGUUAAAUUCUGCAUCUUGUUCUAACUUGGAUAAAAAACUAAUUUCAUGUUCUUAAUAGAAGUAGUUAUUGGUCUGUAUUUGUCAAGAAAUUUUCAAUACUUCCUUUACUGCUUAUUUUCUUAAUCUUUUUUCCUAGUCUUUGAUGUAGUAAGUACUUCAUUGGUAUAAUUCCAAAAAUACCAGGGGAUUUUCUUGGUUUUCUAAUAUUAAAUCAGAGUGAUAGAGAUAACAUGCUUAUGUACAACAUACAUAUUACUAUACAUAGGUAUAUACAUUUCUUAACAUUAUAAACCUUGGUGAAUUUUAGUUUCUUGAUAUUAAAAUUUUGUGAUACUUAUUUUAGCAUCUUGGCUGACAUAAUAUAUAUGAAAUAUUGUUUAAAAUAUGAAACCAAUGAAAAAAUAAACCCAAUGUUAAUGUAUUUAAAUUGAUGAAUGAUGAAGAUUUGAAUAUUAUUUUCCCUUUCUGGGCUAAGGAUUUAAAUAGUGUCAGAAGUCACUAUGUGUGUAUAGACAUUGUAAAUUGGGGUUGGGAGCUUUUAAAAGACUUAGUUUUGAAGAGCUCUCUGAAAGACCACAUGUGAUAGUACAACAGUUUUCAUGAUGCCCAUGUCCAAGGCUACUUUCCUAGCCUCACUGUUCACUUUUAUCUUAUUUUAUUAUGGCUUCCCUAUCUCUUAGGUAUAAUAAUUAUACUGAUUCAGUUUGCCUUCACGUAGUCAUUUCUGAGUUAAGCAAGGUAAGAUAAUGAGGAAUAUUUAACUAGGUAUACUACAAUUUUGACUAAAAGCCAGUUAGUAUGUUUUUCAUUAUUUUCAACAUUUUCUUGUCUUUUCUAAUCAAUAACAUAAUAACCAACAUUGUGUAGUUUCAUGUUUUUCUCAGUACUUUUUUGUGAACUAUCUCAUUUUUUUCAAUAACUAGUAUAUAUUAACAUUAUUUACAUCUUUGUAGCUAAAGGAAAUGAGCUUUAGAAACUUUGUAGGACAUGCCCAAGGCCCCAGGAGCAAAUGGGGUUCAGAGUUGGGAGCUGGUGCUGAUGUUAUGGUUGGAAGGGAAGAACUGGAGUCAGACUCUUUUGUUGCCACGCUUGUGACCCUGGGCAAGUUAUUUAAUUGGUGUAGACCUCCUCUUUUUCAUCUGUAGAAUGCAAAUAAUGUUAUCAUCCAUUUCACUUGGUUAUUGUGAAAAUUAAAUGAGAAAAAAAUUAAAGGAGAUAUAAAUGUUAAGUGCUAAUAAUAGUGCCUCACACACAGUAAGUUAAGUUGCUACAAGUAGCUGUGGCUGUAGCUAUUGUUUCGAUCAUAUGCUUAAUAACCUGUUAUGAUUCCAGCCAUAAAGUGUAACAUAACAUGAUCUGAGGUUAAUGAUAUGUUUUUACCUUUAUUUGAAAUUUUAUUUUCUUUUUCUGCUAAGUUUUUUAUUUGCUGUUUUUAGAUCAUAUCUAGUUUUUUUGUGAUAAUUUGAAUAAAAAGACUUUAUAAAAGCUUACAAAGUAUUUGAUUAGAAAUGUAACAUUCUAAUAUGCCAAAUAAGACUUUUUACAGUGUGUACUUUUUUAUAUAAACAUCAGUGUAUUACAUGCUUAUUUCUUGUUGAGUUUCAAUUUGGAAUUAGUUAUUUGCCUACAAAAUACCUGAGAAAAUCAAUUUACUCCUCUUUAAUGCAAUUUUAGACUAGUAAUCCUACUGCAUAUAAUUUUAUUAUAUAUGGAUUAUUUAUAGGUACAUACAUGUAUAGUAAAAAUAGCUAUGUAAGUAUGAGAAAGAUAAGCAUGAAUUAAUGGUAGUAAUGAGCUCUGAAGAGUGAAUUGUAGGAUAUAAACAUAUUACUUUAAAAAAUAUCUUAUACAUUGUAUAAUGAAAUAUUCUCAUUUGAAACAUAUUAAAAAUUGAAUAAA